AUGUCAGAGUACUUGAGCUUGGAGGAGGAUCUAGCCGACGAGGACACCUUCCAGAGCAUGGCGGCGCUCCUCACCAAAUUUGAUAUUUCCCCGGAGACGUAUCGGCAGCGCUUUAGAGCCACCGGAGUUCCUGCUGGAGAGACGCCCACGGAGACCUACCAUCGGCUGCAAGGACUCUACCGUCGCUGGAUUCGCCCCGACAUCCUGUCCAAGGACGCGAUCGGUGAGCUCAUCGUCUUGGAGCAACUGCUGUGUGUGCUUCCGCCGGACGUCCGUAUGUGGGUGAAGGAGCACAACUUGGAGGACGGCCUUACAGCAGCGAAGUUAGCUCUUCAGUACCAGAACGCGCAUCGAGGAUUCACACGCUUUCCCAGUUCGAGUCAACGUCCAGCACCACCACCAGGACCACCUUCUGCACCACCCCCGAGACCAACCCAAGAUUUGCAGCAGCUUUCUCGGGUUGGAGGGAAGGACCUGAAGGACUGUGUCCACAAAGUUCUUGACCGGUAG